UAUAACCUCGAUAAAACACAUUAUCGUGAGUACCGGAUCCAGUUUCUCUUCGUCGACGAACAAGCAUUCCACACUCCGUCGGACGCUGUCCGCCGUUGUCAGCCCUGCGUGGUCCUUCUCGGGCAAGCAGUGAAGAAGAGAUGUCGUCUUAUGACAAUGUUGUUGGUGGGAAAUUGAAGCUUAAGGGAAAGGCCCUGGAUGUGAAGGCUGGUGGAGUGAAGAAGAAGAAGAAGAAGAAUAAGAAUCAAGAUCAAAUCUUAGAAUCCACUGAAAAUGAGUUUUUGGAAGGUGGAAGUGCUGAACAAGCUAAGGAUCCUAAUGAUCAAGACAUUGAUCAUGUGAACAAAUCAAUUGGGGAAGGGAAGGCUCCUCAUUAUGAUGAUCAUCUUACACCGGCAGAGAGACGAUACAUCGAACAAAGAGAACAGCUUGAUGUUCAUAGAUUGGCUAAGACUGCCAACAAAUCUCACCGGGACAGAAUUCAGGAUUUCAAUCAGUAUUUGGCAAACAUGAGCGAGCACUACGAUAUCCCCAAAGUAGGCCCUGGAUGAUUGAGCCUAGUGUACAAAUAUGAGUUCCACCUUUCAUUUGUCUCUAUGACGUGUGUAUUUUCUAUGCUGUGCACAAUAGCUGUUGACGCCACGCUUAAAAUAUAUUUCUAUCUUGGAAUGUUUUGUAAUUCUGAUGUUAAAUUUGGUUUAGAAAGUCCUUGGUUGGAACUUGAUUUUUUAUUUCUAUAUUUUCAUUUUCCUA